CCGUGAAUGAGCGCUCACCUGAACUGAUAGUGCGUCCCCAGAGAUUUUAUGCCCAGAUGUGCUGGCUCUUUACACGCAGCUUCAUUAUUUGAAUUAACAGCAUCGUGGAUUCAAAUUGGCCUUUUGCGCAAGGCACGAAUGCUCAGUUACCUGUAACUCUCGACAAGCGCCAUUCGCCCACUCGCACAUGAAACUUAAGCCCAUGUUCCCCAAUCCUUCAUCCUUUAGGUUGGCAGCCAUAAUCAAGGAUGGAGCCGCCGAGCAAGAAGAGACCUAAAAGGAAUGACGCUCGAAUUAUCUUGCAAUUCGACUACGACUGUUUCUAUGCACAGGUCUUUGAGAACAAGGACCCAAAGCUCAAGAAAUUGCCAUUGGGCGUCAAGCAAAAGAAUUGUCUAGCGACCUGCAACUACAAUGCUCGGGCUCGUGGUCUCACAAAGCUCAUGUCCGUCUCUGAAGCGAAAAGACUGUGCCCGGAGCUUGUCCUUGUCGACGGCGAAGACCUUACGCCCUUCCGUGACAUGAGCAAAAUCCUAUUUAACCUCUUUAAAACCUUUUCGUGGAAUCAUAAGGCCGAACGUUUGGGAUUUGAUGAGGUGUUCAUGGAUGUAACGGAUAUCAUCGAAUACAACUUAUCCUGCCUCAACCGAGCAUGCUUGGAAGAUUCUUUCUUUUGCCUUUCCAAAAGUGAUCCCGAACGAGGAUUUCAAUGCGAUGUGACGAGCAUUGCUGGCUGUGUUGAAGGCUUAGCCUCCUCCACCCCCGACCUAAACAAUCCAGCCUAUAUGCGCCUCAUAUUGGGAUCACAUUUUGCCCAGUUCUUACGACGACAGGUGGAAGAAAAACAUGGCUUUACAUCCACUUGUGGGAUCUCAACUAACAAGAUGCUCAGCAAACUUGUCGGCAGCAAGAAUAAGCCUCGAAAUCAAACGACACUACUGGCCAUUGCCGAAGACGAGGUGAUCGCCUUCGUAGACGCCCAUAAAUUGCGAAGAAUUCCUGGUCUAGGGUUCAAGACUGUUCAGGUACUGGGUACCCAUGCUGGUGCUGACAUGAGUAAAGGUGUAUCCGAAAUCCCAGAGUUGAGUGACAAUCCUGUGAUAGUUGCCGAUGUGCGCCUCCACCCUGACAUCUCGCCCGGAGCAAUAGAAAAGCUAUUUACAGGGCCUGGGUUAGAGAAAGGGGUAGGUGUACGAAUCUGGGGUUUACUACAUGGAGUCGAUGCAACUGAGGUUAAGGAAGCCAGCGAUGUGCCAAGCCAGAUUAGUAUCGAAGAUACCUAUAAGGGCUUAGACACUCUGGCACACAUAACAGAAGAGCUACACAAGCUAUCAUGCUCACUCAUUCGAAGAAUGAGAACAGAUCUUCUCGUAACCGAUGAUGGGGCAGACACUCCAGGGGCACAAAAAUGGAUCGCCCGACCAAAGACCUUGCGACUAUCGCUCAGGACAUGGGCGUAUCUGCACUCAGCGCAAGGCCAGAAUUACAGUCGCAUCUCUCGAUCGGGGCCUUUACCAAAUUUUAUCUUUGCUUCCAAAGAUGACAUAGCUCAUAUUGCGGAGCGGCUCGUCAGUGAAGCUCUGUUGCCACUGCUACGGCGUCUGUCCCCAGAAAAGGGACAGCGGUGGAAUCUACAGAUGCUCAAUAUCUGCGUGGCAAACAUGGUAGUUGGUGCAGCGGAUGACAAGACAGGAGCAGGCAGGGACAUAUCUGUCAUGUUUAGACGUCAAGAUGAAGUGCUGAAGCCCUUUCAAGUGAUAGAAGAGCAGCAUGUUACACAGAGCGAGGAAAUUACACAAACAGUGUCAGAAGGCGACGGUGAAGACAAAGAGGGCAAUGAUUGGGACACGGGGGACAAUGAAAUAUGUCCUCUUUGUGGCCAUUCUAUUCCUUUGUUCGCUGUGUCGGCGCAUCAGAGAUAUCAUGAAAUGGAAGGAUGUUAAUAUGCAGUGUGCCGUGUACCUUGACCAUGAUCCUUUCCUGCCAGAAGUAUGGUCUGUUCUUUGUUUCUAUACUUCUAUACUUUUGCCACUCGUACUAUUAAAGCUUUGGCAGGCGUCAAAAGGGAAGAGACGUGCUAUUCUUGCACAGAGUCUCCAGUUGUAUCGGAUCGAUUUUGCAGCUAUCACGCGGUCCGCUUCAUGCUCACCGAUGGCUCGACCGAGAUACGGUAACACAACCCUCUGAUUUGUACAUCGAUUAGCCACGAUACACCGGGUAGUGAAGCCGAAGGUUUUGCGUCACGGCCAGUAGCUUGAUUAUGUUGAAAUGCUCGAUUGAGUGAAAGUGUGGCGGGAAUACUUGAUAGUUACAAUAUUGACUUGGAGCCAAAUCCAAAACGCCCACAUUUAUAUAUAAUAUAUAUUCGCA